AUGGCCGACACGAACCAGCAACUUGCGAUUGCGGACCGCCCUCAGAUACAGCGGGAUGCCUCCGACGCUGCAGCGCGAGCCGCGGUCCCUCCCUCCCCCCCGGUGCCCUCGUCCGAUCCCGGCCUCGCCAUGGUCGAUGGUCACGGCGGCGGCGCUGCCGACGAAGACGACCUCUUCAAACUGCCCGCCGUCGAAGCGCUGCGCCUCCUCAGCGCCAGCGUCGAGCUCCUGGUCCGCAUGACGGGCGACAUCCCCCCGACGCCGCCGCCCAAGACGCCCACCGACCCCCAAAUGACGGGCAUGCAGGUCGAAAAGGACGACAUCGUCCGGUCGCACUCCCAGCAGAGCCUGGCGCGCAUGAGGCAGCAGGCCGAACGGGCCGCCGCCGCCGCCCACCGGCAAGACGGCGACGCGCCAGCGAGGAGCGGCAUGAGCAGACUGCAGGCCUACAGCGCUUCCAUGUCGGCCCAGCUCGCGGCCCAGCAGCACGGCGCGUCUUCGGUGGCGCCCGCGUCCGCGGAACCGGUAGACGGCGUACGGCUGCGCCAGCACCCGGAAGCCGACGUGCAGCCGUACAUUAUUGUCGGCGCCGACUCCCGGCCCGUCAACCUCCAGCACGGCGCGAUAACGCGCAAGUUCUACAGCAAAAAGGAGCCGCCGAUCCCCAUAAGCCAGUAUCUGCUGCGGCUGCACAGAUUCUGCCCCAUGAGCACCGCCGUCUACCUCGCCACGUCUCUCUACAUCCACCGGCUGGCUGUCGAGGAGCGCGCUAUCCCGGUGACGAAACGCAACGCCCACAGGCUGGUCCUCGCCGGGCUGCGCGUCGCCAUGAAGGCGCUCGAGGACCUGUCGUACCCGCACGCCAAGGUGGCCAGGGUAGGGGGCGUCAGUGAGGUCGAGCUGGCGCGGCUGGAAAUCAGUUUCUGCUUCCUGGCCGGGUUCGAGCUCGUCGUCGGGGAGGCGCCGCUGCGGAAACACUGGGAGGAGCUGCGGGACGGCAAGGCGCAGCAGGCUCUGAAGGGCAUGGAUGUUCCGACCUUGAAGUUGACCAAGAGGCCUAGAGAGAUGGCCCAAGCGAGCGGGUGA